GCACACUUUCGGCUACAUAGGCAUGAGAGGAGAGCGGCCUCCCCAGCCACCCACUCCUUAUUGCUAUAACAACCAAAGGCGCGGUCAAGCAGGCAGCGUGACUCAAUAGAAUAGCGUUUCAAUUCAGACGGACACCGACCGACCCCUCCAACGGGAGUUAUCUUUCUGUCAAGUAAACAUAGCCUAAACAGAAUCCAGAGAGCUAUAGUUCAUUGUUGCAAAGCGAAUGAGACAGAAUAGCGAAGGAGCUCCCCGUCUGUUACGUGAAGAUUAGACUAGUGUUAUAACCUGUAGGUAGGCUGCUACUGGUGGUAGGGCUGUAGCCUACUGGAGAGUAGGACACCUUUCGCAGCGCAGCGGUUGUAUGGAUGGGCUGAGCAAAGCAAGGUUUAAAACUAACUGGGCGACAAUCAGGAAGAAACCCUAUUCAGUCCUACUUUUUUUUUGUCGACUAGAGACGGGGCACCAUCCCCACUGAGUCAGCACGAGAAGGUGACAUUCUUUGUGAAGCGGUACCUCUAAUCUUCUCACGUCUGUCUUCCCCGGUGACGACAUGGCGAGUGAGAACGGAGAGUCUGGGGGGGGAUCUUGGAAAAAGAAUGUCGAUGAUAUCAAGAAGGUAUUCGAGUUCAAAGAAGUCCUUGGAACUGGUGCAUUCUCGGAAGUGGUAAUGGCCAGGGAGAAGACCACAGGGAAGAUGGUUGCAGUGAAGUGUAUCCCUAAGAAAGCACUGAAGGGGAAGGAGACCAGCAUCGAGAACGAAAUCGCCGUGCUAAGGAAGAUAAAACAUGAGAACAUUGUGGCUUUGGAGGACAUCUAUGAGAGCCCCAACCACCUAUACCUCAUCAUGCAGUUGGUGUCUGGGGGUGAGUUGUUUGACCGCAUCGUAGAGAAGGGCUUCUACACAGAGAUGGAUGCCAGCAGACUCAUUAAACAGGUGUUGAAUGCUGUCAACUACCUCCACGACAUGGGCAUCGUACACAGAGACCUCAAGCCAGAGAACCUUCUCUACUACAACCCCCAUGAUGAGGCUAAGAUCAUGAUCAGUGACUUUGGUCUGUCUAAGAUGGAGGGGACAGGAGACGUGAUGGCUACAGCCUGUGGAACACCAGGAUAUGUGGCCCCCGAGGUUCUGGCUCAGAAGCCCUACAGCAAAGCAGUGGACUGCUGGUCUAUCGGAGUCAUCGCUUACAUUCUGUUGUGUGGCUACCCUCCGUUUUAUGAUGAAAAUGACUCCAAGCUCUUUGAGCAGAUCCUCAAGGCCGACUAUGAGUUUGAUGCACCGUAUUGGGAUGACAUAUCUGACUCAGCCAAAGAGUUCAUCAGCUCUCUGAUGGAGAAGGAUCCAGAGAAGAGAUUCACCUGUGACCAGGCUCUAGCCCACCCCUGGAUUGCUGGGGACACGGCUCUCUGCAAGAACAUCCAUGAAUCAGUCAGUCGGCAGAUGAGGAAAAACUUUGCCAAGAGCAAAUGGAGGCAAGCGUUUAACGCCACAGCAGUGAUCCGUCAUAUGAGGCGUCUCCAGUUAGGCAGUAGUCUGGGCGGCAGCUUUGGAAGCAGUAUGAGUGUGGACCAACCAGGACAGAAUUCUAUGCCAGCCAAGAGCAUGUCUGUAGACUGUGCCUCCCUCUCACGCAAAGACGGUCCUCUACAACCUCUGUCCACUCUGCCUCCUCUGCCAUCCUCCCCUGCGGCCUGUAGCGCCCCCGUUAGCAUCGGAGUGGAACCACAUGUAGAACCAGAGGCAGUGGUGGAGGUGCCCCGGCCACGCCCCUCCACGGUCACCACCAUCCACACGGGGACUAAAUGACAUCAGGUUCCACGCGAGGUCAGCUGGGAGACCACAGAGCUUUGAGUCGGGAUUCCAUGAUUACAAUUCCGCCCCUCAGAAUUCCACAAUUCGUCUCUCUUAGUCUGCCCACCCCGCCCAUUCUCAGCUGCUGGGAUUGAGAACUUGAGGAGCUGUUCAAGGCUCCAUUUACCAUGGAUCAGCACUCACAGCAGUCCCAGUGCAGCACUCUGAUGUCCGUACCCUCCACAGGAGGUGUAUUCAGUGAUGUGAAAUAGAGAACUGACAGGAUUUCCUAUUCUAUCUAAUGUAUCUGUUCUACACCGUACGUUUCUAUCUGAACACUCUGCCUGCUAACGGGCCACAGGGCUAGUAGAGGACCACUGACUGUCUCGCUCUGUCCUCCUGACCAGAGGGUGGCCAGCGGGGUCAGUCUCCCAGUGCUUGAAUCGGGUCGGUACGGAGUAAUUUCAACCUCAAAUGUUCACCUCCUUAUUGAAUAUUCACUCUAAACAUUGUAUAAUAUCAGCCAGUAGUUUAGAAAGUAGUGCUCCCCCCCCCUCCCCCCUCCUUAAGGCGCAUUUGUUUUUGUUUUUGUUUUGAGGAAAUUAGCUGUUGUUUUGAAGUAACGUCGUUGUUGUCCUAUUAUCGCAGUUUCACCGCUAUGGAUCGCAGCUUUAAGAUCCUAUUCCAUUUCUUUCAAAUAUGGUACUGUAAAUAUGGUACUGUAAAUAUGGUACUGUAAAUAUGGUACUGUAAAAUGAAAAUGACCACCUGAAAUCUUUGUCAUAGCACUGCCAUGUUGUAAGACUAUCCACCGAGAGACAAAAAGAAGACCUGUUUGUAUGGUGGUAAAAGGAGGCCACACUAUGGGAACUCACCAGGUUUUCAUUAUUAGUCUUAAUUAUUGAGACUGCUGUAACUCGGAGACUGUGAGACUGCUGUAACUCGGAGACUGUGAGACUGCUGUAACUCGGGAGACUGUAGGACUGCUGUAACUCUGUGAGACUGAGUGUUGGGCACAGAACCCCCUCUAUGCCUUGUGUUUAACAUCGCAUAUGGAAACCAUUGAGUGGAGUUAGCGUUUCACGCAACUGAAACAGAGCAUUCAAGGCUAAAAUAGUAAUUCCAUAUUAUUCUCAAUCAUAUUUCUAAUUGUUUUAAAAGCUUGAAUGUUUCUCUGCAGUUGUUGUUACGGUUGAGUACUUCACUGUUUCAUUGUUACCAACUGUAGGAAAGAGCUGUUGUAUAUUUGCUUUGCGUUUUCUGGAUAUAGAAUGUCAGUGGAAAAAAUAUCUAUCUGCAGAGUCAUGCACCCACACACAUCUGUGAAUGAAGUGCUUUAGUAGUGUGAGAUGAUGAAAUCCGUUUUGAUAUUACUGUAGUGACGGUUCUCAUUUGAUUGUACACUUUUCCUACUGGAAAGGUAUGUAAUUGUCUUAUAUUUAAUGACAUUUGUAAGAACAGCACGUGUGUCACUAGACUUUUAUGUUGAAAUAUAUACAUGGAAACAGAUGUUAUGUUAAUAAGAUAAAGGUGUAGUCGUUGCUUGGUGGUUUAGUAUUGUAUUUUUAACGGAUCGAUUGCGAUGUAACCGUGAAGCCAUGCUUAGCAUCAGGAUACAACGUAGGAACACAACGUUGUGACCAGUUCUCAGGGAAAUUCUUUGAGGAACGUUUGAGGACAUGAAACCCCAGUUAUGUUGAUGAUGAUGAUGAAGAGGAUACAUGUAUUGACUAAAGCACACGUUGCAUAUUAUUACGUGCCCUCAGGACAGUUGGGCCCAUAAUUCAUAGCCUCGUGAGGGCAGUUUGAUAUAUCCCAUAGUUGGGGGUUUGUUUUAGAUUUGUAUAAUACAAGGCUAAGAAUGAAAGAAGGCAUAUAACUAUAACCACUGUACUGUAGUUUUAUUUAAACACUGAAAAUGACAAACUACGAAAUAAAGAUUGAAGUAAUUUGA